UGUUUUCCAAACAUCAAGUGCACAGUUUAGACUUUGGAAGAAAGUGAGUCGGGCGGGUCAGAUCCCAUGUCACAGGUUAAAAAAAAAAUAAGGGGUCGGUGGUGGAGAGAAGAGUGUCUUCCUUCCUUACAAUGCCUCAGGGCACUCUCCUCCUACUCAGCUGCUUGCAGUAGCCCCUGGAAACGGCUAAUAACAAACAGGCUUUCCCCAAAGCGGGCUCCAUAAACUGCUGGUCUGUCUUCACCUGCGAAAGUUGGCUCUCCCAUUUGGAGAGGGCGGGCGCGUUAAGAAGGCCAAGUCCCGGCUCGCUCUCCUCGGAGGCAGCCUGUUGCUGCGGUAGCAAGGAGUUCUCCCAGAGAAAGCCCAGGUAACUGCACUACAAGAUGGACUGAGGAAGGCGCUUCUCCCCCUAGCCCUCUUGCUUCAGCCAGCGGUGCUAUAGCUUGGCGUCUGGGAAAGAAAGCGAGUUCCUACGGCGAACAGGACGCCGGCCCUGGACUCGCAGUGCCCGACUGCCUCGCACAGAAGUCCCUAAGCCGAGGAAGGCCGUGGGCUCCUGCCCGCCGAAGAUGGCUGAGAGCGCUGCCGCCGCCGCCGCCUCAGGUGGGCCCGGAGCCAAAGGUGGCUCCUCGGGCACCUGGUGGAAAUCGCUGACCAGCAGGAAAAAGCCCAAAGAAGCGCUAGCUGCUGCGCCCGGGAUUCCCCGGCCAACGUUGCCGCCGCCGGCUGACCCCUCGGACCUGCCCACGGCCUCGGACUCCAGGGAGAACCAACAGCCCAACGCGGGCAGCCGCAGAAACCUCAAGAUCUCUCGCUCGGGCCGCUUCAAAGAGAAGAGGAAAGUUCGCUCCACGCUACUGGCCGAGAGCCCCCAAAAGCUGUUCCAAGGAGGCGCCGAAGACAGCAGCCCGAGCGCCGUCCCCCCGCCCCCCGGCGAGGAGACGCCGUGCCCAUGACCGCCCCUAGAGGGGAGGCUCCUUCCUCCUGCCUCUUUCCCAGCCCCAGUCGUCGGCCGCUUCCGAGGAGGCGGGGGACGAGGCACCGCCUCUCUUCCUACGGCAGCAGCGGCUGUUUGCUGCUUCGAGCUUUUGGAACGAGUUCCUCGGUUGCUUUUCGUUUCUGGCCAGGGAGUCCUCCUCAGUUUGCUCCGCUGGUGAGGAGCCUGGCCACUGAGGAGGCUGACGAGGCGUGACAGCAGCGCGUGUGUGUGAAGAUCGCCCUUCGCCCGCCCGGCUCACCUCUGGGGAGGGGGGCGGCGGGUACUGCACCUUAGACAAAGACUUCUCUUCCUAUUUCAGGGCGCACAUCUCCUGAGCAAAAGGAAUGCAAUGAGACCAGUUAGCGGCGCCACUAAGCAUACCAGGAUCGGUUCCACACUUCUUCCCCCUCACGACCGCCCUCAUGAAAUUAAAGAAUGCAAAGAGAACAGUGUCCCAUAUGAAACUGUCAUGGUGAUUAGUUUCCUCCACUUUCUUUUACAGGAAAACUCGGGUGUUAGUAUACGAGAUGAUGAUACCUGGAAUAACUGUAAAAGGAAAUCAGGAUUCUACUACUAGUCCUUAUUGUGAUAGGACAGAUUCCUUCCAAAUCAGGAACACAUGCAUAUAUUAAAGUCCAUUAAUGAGUCUGGAGAGAGAGUUGUGUUGCCAACCAAUAAAUUGUGUUUCAGCUAAUUCCAUGAAAGUCAGUUUGGGUUAGAUUAUAUCUUAAUCAUUUAGAUAUAGUUCAAAUAACAAUUCAGGUACAAAGUGAGCUUUGAAUUAUCAAGUGACUGGCGGUUGGCAUAGUAGAGCUCUGGUAUCGGCAAAUACUUUAAAAAUACUAACUGGCCUAUUAAAACAUAAUUUGAAAUAA